AUGCAAAGUACAAAGAACCAUUUUUGCAUUUUUCCAACACAUUAUAAUCUCCUGGACGCUGGACUCGACGGGAGUGACCAAAAGAUGACAAGUUCUCCACCACCACUACAACAUCCCCAGAUCAACACCACUGCCAUCGCCGACGGUAGUUCUACGACUACUUCUACUAGUACUACGACUCCAUGGAGCUGCGAGACGAACUGGACUGUCACACGCGGUUCUCUCGACUCCGCCGUCACGUUCGAGUCUUUUGAUUUCCCGAUCGACUCGGAAUCCACGGGUCCAAAACCGCCACUCCUUCUCGUACCACCUUCUACCUCUGAUUUUGAACCUUGCGAGAUCAAACUGAAUUUCACUCAAAAGCACGAGAUUCGUCAGGUGUAUGUCAGAAGUACAGCUCGUGUUUAUGAAAUAUAUUAUGCACCUGAUCUUCAUAGUGAAAAUGAGUAUCUCUGCACUGUUCGUUGUAAUGCUGCUUCUGUAACUGAUGUCAAAAAUGCAAUUUCUGCAAACUUGGAGGGUCUAAAUGAAAUAUUACCAAAGGGAAGGGUGUCAGGUGAAAAUAAUAUUGGCACCAAUGAAGAUGAUUGGGUGGAGAUUAAACUCCCUGUUGCUCGAGUUGAUGAAGGAAAUACAUAUUUGGCAAAUCAGACUUCAAAUGCCAUCAGAAAUUAUCAGAAUUACUAUGAAGCUACAGCAGAAAUGAACGAUUCAGAGCCUUGUAAAUCACUGACACUUCGUUUACUAUCGCUUCAAAGUAAAGGUUUUGUACAUGUUGAUGAAGUCUACGUGUUUGCUGACUGUAUCGAUUCAGACGAUUCCCAGAACCAGAAUCUUCUUAAUAAUCCAGAACCACCUUCAUCUGGAACUUCACUUAUGACUCUGCUUGUUCCCACACUUUUAGGAUUAUCAAAAUCUAGAUCCAUCCAGUCAACCACUCAACAUUCCACUUCCAAAUCUGUUGAAAAACCAAUCAACACCGAGUCACGACCAACUACUGAGUUGACUCGCUGCCAACUGCCACCUUCUACUGCUGAGUUGACUCGGUGCCAUAACCGAACCGAAAGUUCAGGGGGUUUUCCGGUGGCGGAUUCCGAUGGAAUUGUAAUUCGAAAUUCCGAGUCGGGAGGAACUGAUGAGUUGACUCGGUGCCAACUGCCACCUUCUACUGCUGAGUUGACUCACUGCCAUAACCAAAGUUCACGGGGUUUUUCGGUGGCGGAUUCCGAUGGAAUUGGAAUUCAAGAUUCUGAGACGGGAGGAACUGAUGAGUUGACUCGGUGCCAAGUUCCUGCUUCGAAUUCAGAUAAAGACAAGAUCCAUGAACCAAACACCAGUUUAAUGGAACAACUUGUGUCAAGAGUGAGUAGAAUUGAAGAUAUGUUAUUGAGGUUUGAAGAGAACAUGUUGAACCCCAUAAACCACAUUGAAGCAAGACUCCACCAUGUAGAACAGCAACUCCAAUCACUCACCAAAAAUCCCCAAAUUCCAGUUUUACCCUCUUCCCCAACAUCUGAACCAAAAUUAGAAAAUACCAACCAACUUCAUGCUCACUCUGAAUCACAAAACUUGGAUCUUAUUGUGGAGUCUCAAGAUUCUGAAGAAAAACAGCAACUGAAUAAUGAUUUUGAAAAACCAAAGAAAUCUGUUUCCAUUGAUGAUGCUUUGGCUGCAGCUCUAGCUGGAUUCUCAUCUUUUACAAAACCCAAUGAUGAAUUUCCAGUUUUACCCCUCGAAUCUCCACAAGAACAGUGUUCGACUUCAAUUCCUCCUGAUGUAUCCACAGAGAUCCCCUCUAAUAAAACUAAUGUUCACCAAGACUCCAUUGAAGCAGACAACAUUUUGACUUUUGACAAAAUCGAUGAUCAGUCUCCAGAUGUUAAAGAUGAGUCUGAAUCGGUCAACAUUUUGACUUUUGACAAAAAGCAAAACUCCAUUGAAGCGGUCAACAACAUUUUGACUUUUGACAAAAAUGAUGAUCAGUGUCCAGAUGUUAAAGAUGAGUCUGAAUCGGUCAACAUUUUGACUUUUGACAAAAAGCAAAACUCCAUUGAAGCGGUCAACAACAUUUUGACUUUUGACAAAAACGAAAUUCUGAAACAUUUCCCGGAUGGGUCUCCAGAUGUUAAAGAUGGGUUUGAAUGUGAUUUUGAGACUUGUGUUCUUGAGGUGAAGUUUGCUUCAAUGGAGAAUGGGAAUCUCAAAUCCCAUCUUGAAGACUUUUUGUCUUACACUGAUGAGAAUCCUGCUAUGAUUGAUGAAGGCUUAUUGAUAGAGGAAACAACUGGAAAUGGAAACAGUUUAUUGCUGGAUUUAGAUGGUGAUGACGUGGCGGAAGGUGUGCUACAAGAUCUUCCGAAUGUUCAUGUGGAAGCAUCUUUCGAUAGUCUCAUUUGAUGUUUUUUUUUUGGGUGAGUAAUGUUUUGCAUUGUAUAUAUAUAUAAUAACUCUUAUAUUUAAUAUAAUUUGUGCGAUAAAACUGUCUGAAUCUUUAAAGAAGUGAUGGC